AUGACCAGUACGCGACUUGACGAUAAAGCGAAAGCGAAAGCGAAAGCAAUAUGCCGCCAAGUUCUUUGUCGGCGAGCCCGCUGGUCCCCGUGAAUUGGACCAUUGGACGGGUUGUUCGAGAUCCUUGAUGGAGGCGUCCUCUAUGUCGACAAAACGACACGGCCCCGGCUCGCUUAGUUUCUCGAGGACAUGUCUCUCCCUAUUCUUCGACGAGACAGGUUUCAUUGCAAAUUCACUGGGAAGUCAGCGUCGGUCUGAAAGCAAAUCUCAUGAUGGACAAGCAGCGGCUGCCUCUGGUAAAAUAUGGCACUGCGUCUAGCAGCGUAUCUUCAUUUAGGGGGUCCGAGGGGGAGACCCUCACGGAAACGACAUCGCUGUCGCCUCCCCCGCUGGCACACCUGCAGAUAUACGGGAAGAAACCGCUGCCGCCGCUUCCCACCACUAGGCGGCACUCGUUGACGUCGACCCUCAGCAAGGAGAUGAACCAGGCCUUUGAGACGCCCUAUGGGACAGUAGGUGCGAGUUACGGCCAGCCCCGGUCGGGGGGUCAAGUUAUCAACUGGGAUAAAGAGGAGCAGGAAGUUUCUGUCCUUCUUGACAGGCACACGGGUAAUAAGAAUCGGACAACACGUCCAGAGAGGCCGCCGCCGCCGCCCAGGUCGAUGCUGAGGCCGAUGCUGAGGCCGAUGCUGAGGCCAAAGCAGCCUAGGGUGGAAACAGCUGUCGACAUACCAAACACGCCACCUGAUGACGUUUUGUACCCGCAGCCCAGAUCGGCCUUGAAGAAGAUUCUGCGGCUAACCGGCCGGAAGACCGUCACCAACCUCUCGCCCACGGUACCGUCAGGACAUAAUCCAGGACACAAGGUCAAGCAGCUGAUGGGAAUGGACGUGUCGUCCGGUGAGCCCUACCGGAGGUCCAGAGACGCGGCCCCCGUGUCACCGUUGAGCACCCGAAGCAGCGUCUACAGUCAAAACACAAUCUCGGACGCGAAUUCGCCAGAUUCCGACCCGCGAAACAGCUUUAGGGGGUACUCCUCAGACCCAACUCUGAACUACCUCACUUCGUGCCAGCCAAAGAGCUCCAGCCUGGCUUCUGUCCCAAGCCCCUUGAACCUGCCCCUGAGGCCUAAGAUACCGGACCGUGCCAACACUGGUGGGAGGGGCGGCGGACAGUUUCCCAUGUACCCACCAAGGUAUGAAGAAUCGGCCUGGUUCAGGGGGUGCUCCAGCGAUAUCUGGCGCGGUGAAGGCCCAGGAUACAAACAAGACCUGUAUCACGCCACCACGGCCCAGCUCGCGAACCAACUCGCCCAGACCAGCCCGACCAUACCGCGUGCGCCGCCAUAUCAACGCAGAGCCAUGACACCCGACUUGCUGAAAGGGCCGCACUUGAGGAACGAGGAUGGCAACAGCAUCUUUGGCAGCCGAAGCGCUGGCGGCGGCGGCGGCGGCGGCGGCGGCGGCGGCAGACUAGCGGGCACCCCGUCGCACAUGUCUGCCUCGACCCUGCUUCCGAGAUAUCCUGGGCCCCCAGACAACGGCCACAACAUACCGCAAAUGGUAUCGCGGUUCCCAGCAGCGGAGUCCAGGUCUAGGGAAACCAGCACAGGUAGCUUUGGGCUCUGGCGUCGUCACAGCGGCCGGGAAUCACCUUCCCUCGGGGGGCGUCAACGCAGAGCCAGAUACGAUUCGGACAAUAGCAGCAUCGACGGACAUGCCGGAAGCGACGAGGAGCCGACAAAAAGCCCGAGAUCGAAGCGGCGGUCUCUCAUGGCCAAGAUCUUUGGAAAGCGCUCCUCGUCUGGGACUGCCGCUUCUUCGGGCUCAAGCAAACAGAAUACAGCUCUUGGAAGCAAACCACGACGGCAGCAAAGACAAAAACAACAAAAACAGCCCGAACCGGACCUGGGAGGGUGGGACGACGACGACAGCCACAGCCAGAGCACGACACGGCGCUACUCAAGCAGGAGCCAGAGCAGCAGCGACGACUGGCCGGGGCUGGCGGCGCUGCCCUUCUCGCUGCCGGGGCUGGCGGCGCUGCCCUUCUCGCUGCCGGGGGCCAUGGCUAGCAUGACGUCGCUGGCGCAGAAGACGGGCGAGCUGGCCGAGCAGGCCCGCGCCGGCUGCCCAGCUCCGCCUCGAGGCUGGGGCCUGGGCCUGGGUGGGUCUAGAGGGGCGGAGGCAAAAAGAAAAAAGGAGAAAAAGACAUACUACUAGUAGUCAAGAUGGAAAAAAAACAGAGAAGAAUAGCUAGGCGUAUGUAUCACGUAUUUGGUGAUUUAUCCGAGACUCGAAAGGUUGUCUCACAAUAGCUUCAGCGGUACUGCAAAUGUCUGCAGUGCUCAGCAAGGAGCUCCUCUCUGUACGCAUGAACCCCAUAACAAAUGGCCAAAAAAGGAAUUCGAUAUAGAAUGUCGGGUCCUGAGGUUCAGCCACAGCCACACAUUGGUUGUUGUUUGCAGCGCGCCCCUAUCUUCAACCAAUGAAUGCCAUCUCGGCUCUGAUGCGGGCCUGGUAAACACGCAUUCCGUUCUCCAUUUGCACGUACACAAUCAACCAAGGUACAGAUAUCGCAGCAGUCUAAUAGACUAGAUGCCCCCCCGACCAAAAAGACUGACUCAAUUCCCAAUUUUUUGAUUCGAAUCU